UAAACGCCCACCAUCAUUGUUUCUUCUCUUCUCAGGUAAGCUUCGAGCUCGUUUUACUAUUUUUAGUCUCCUUUGAAUCCAAACCCAUUUCAAGUAAUACGAUAAAGGCGGCGACUUUUUCUCGAUUAGGUUCAAAACUACACUGCAAAUUGUUAAAUUUCAGUUCUUUAUUGAUUCGAGUUCGUGACCAUGGCGAGAGGCGUAGCUGGAGUUUUGCGUAGAGCAUAUACUUCGAGGGUUAGGGUUAUAUUGUCGACACGAAAGUUACAUUCUUUUAGAGAAACUGAAUCUAGGUUUCUUGGUAAUCCUGUUUCUGAUGUGCCCACGAACCGGUUUUGUUCGGAUAAUCCGGUUCGGAUUCGGCUUCCAUGGAAUGAUUACAGAUUUGGGAGCUAUGUGAUUGGUAAAGUUAGGGGCUUUUCCUCUACUGUGGAUAAUAAUGGCGAAAAUGAUGAUAAGGAAGCUUGUGAAGGUUCUGAGAGUGAUGAUUUUGAUGAGGAAGGUGUGAUUAAUGAACUUGCUGAUGUAGAUGAACGCUUGAUGAAUGAUUCAGCGGUUGCAGAGAUAAGUGAGGCUGCCCGUGCUUUAAACGAUCGGUAUCAGGAUCCUGUGGGUUUGUACAGAGAGCUUAGGGAAAGUGAAGUGCGUUGUAAGCUUCAGCAUACUGAAUUUGAUACUUUACAUGAGAUUUUCGGGUAUUUUGCGCAGUCGGGUUGGGGGGCGAAUCAGGCUCUUGCAAUCUAUAUUGGGAAAUCGUUUUUCCCAACUGCUGUUAGCAAGUUCCGGGACUUCUUCAUUGAAAAAUGUAGAAUUGAGGUUGUUGAGGAUCUAGUUCGUGUUGGGCCAACAGAUGAAGCUAUUAAGUUUUUGUUCCCUAUGUUUGUUGAAUUCUGUAUUGAAGAGUUUCCUGAUGACAUCAAACGUUUUAAGAGUAUUGUUGAUACUGCAGACCUCACGAAACCCGCGGCUUGGUUUCCCUUUGCUCGAGCUAUGAAGCGUAAAAUCGUUUACCAUUGUGGACCGACUAACAGUGGGAAAACGUAUAAUGCUUUGCAACGGUUUAUGGAAGCUAAGAACGGGUUAUAUUGCAGCCCACUUAGGUUAUUAGCCAUGGAAGUUUUUGAUAAAGUAAAUGCUUCAGGAGUAUACUGUAGUCUCUUGACUGGACAAGAGAAGAAACAUGUUCCGUUCGCCAAGCAUGUUUCCUGUACAGUUGAAAUGGUGUCUACAGAUGAGUUAUAUGAAGUGGCUGUGAUCGAUGAAAUACAAAUGAUGGCGGAUUUUAGUAGAGGUCACGCUUGGACAAAAGCUCUGCUUGGAUUAAAAGCUGAUGAGAUUCAUUUGUGUGGAGACCCGAGUGUUUUGGAUAUUGUGCGUAAGAUGUGUGCUGAUACAGGGGAUGAGUUAGUUGAAGAGCAUUACGAGAGGUUCAAACCGUUAGUCGUAGAAGCUAAGACCUUAUUAGGAGAACUGAAAAAUGUUAAGUCAGGGGAUUGUGUUGUUGCGUUCUCUAGAAGAGAGAUAUUUGAAGUUAAGAUGGCUAUUGAAAAACAUACAAAUCAUCGAUGCUGUGUUAUUUACGGUGCAUUGCCUCCUGAAACGAGGAGACAGCAAGCUAAUCUGUUUAACGAUCAAGACAACGAGUAUGAUGUUUUGGUUGCAAGUGAUGCUGUUGGAAUGGGAUUGAAUCUUAACAUAAGGCGGGUUGUGUUUUACAGUUUGAAUAAGUAUAACGGUGAUAAGAUGGUUCCGGUUGGUGCGUCACAGGUAAAACAGAUUGCUGGGAGAGCUGGAAGGAGAGGAAGUAGUUAUCCAGAUGGACUUACAACGACACUACACUUAGAAGAUCUAAGCUAUCUAAUUGAGUGUUUGCAACAACCAUUUGAUGAAGUUAAAAAGGUCGGGCUUUUCCCGUUCUUUGAACAGAUUGAGCUUUUCGCUGCAAAAGUUCCUGAUAUGGCCUUCUCAAAGCUCUUAGAGCAUUUUGGAACUCACUGUAAACUAGACGGUUCUUACUUCCUGUGCCGUCAUGAUCAUGUGAAGAAAGUAGCAAACAUGUUGGAGAAAGUAGAAGGAUUGUCGCUAGAAGACAGGUUUAACUUCUGUUUUGCACCAGUUAAUAUCAGGAAUCCGCAAGCGAUGUACCAUCUACUUCGCUUUGCGUCAACAUAUAGCAACGAUCUGCCGGUUAAUGUUGCUAUGGGGAUGCCAAAGGGUUCUGCUAAGAAUGACACCGAGCUAUUAAAUUUAGAGAGUAAACACCAAAUAUUGUCUACGUAUCUUUGGUUAUCGAAUCAAUUUGAAAAGAAGAACUUCCCAUUUGUGGAGAAGGUUGAAGCAAUGGCCGCAGAUAUCGAACAGUUGUUAGGUGAAUCGUUGUGUAAAGCUUCUUGGAAGAUGGAGUCAAAAGAAGAGAAAGCGAAAGGUAAGAAGAAGGAAGAUAGAGGAUAUGAAAGACCUGCUUCACUAAUCAAGUUAGUCAAUAAGCGUAAAGAAGAGUUUGGUUUGAAGGAAACUCCCAAUAAAGUAGUUUCAUAAGUAAAAGAUCGAUGGAUUCUUUAUUCUUUUGAUUUUGAUUGUUCUGAAGUCGUCUCUGUUUCUUUUUGUGCCUGUUAGAAGAGACAAGGCAUCAUCAAAGAUGUUUUCUUGAUGUUGCUCAUAUGUAAAUUAAUAAGUGUAACAGUUAGGACCAUUUAAAAAGUUGCA